AUGCCCCUCAUCCCUGACGAAUCCAGUUCUGUGUCGCACCAUGCCUUCUCACCCCCACCAGAACGUUUAGUGACGAGAAGCACCCCUUCCUCCACCGUUCAUAGCCGGGAAACCUCCGCCGUUAGAGGUAGACCGGCCGAUCCGUCCACCCUAGCCCCUUCGACCCUACAGCCUCAGAACAAUCGUCGCGGUCACUCGCAUUCAAAAAGCCCCGAAACAUCGACCGGGCGACCUAGUCCUUCUGGAUACGAUGCUCCUCUGGAACGGCGGCCCUCCAAUUCAUAUGGUCAUCACCGACAGACUUCGAUUGUCCAUGGGAUGCAACACUCUCGAAAUCCCAGCUUCGCUGCUUCAACCACAUCGACAAGCCCUUUGAGUCCGGAGCUUAUUGCAUCUCUUGGCCGUGGCGGCGGUGUAGAACCAGACAGUGUCGUGGCUGCGCGGACGGAACAAGCUGAUAUGCACGGGAGUUACCAAAGCCCUGCAGGCAACAGCUCAAGCCAUACCUUACCGGGGACAUUGAGCACCAUCGAGGAUCAAGAUGCAGAUGAGGUCAGUGGUUGCAGCCCGGCAGGUGUAGUCCACCGAAGGAUGAAUUCGAGUGGCAAGCCAUGGAGAGAGCGUUCUCAUAGUCGAUCACAUUCAAAGCAUCAUUACUCAGAAUCAAAAACUGUGGGAGAAUAUGCCUUGCAUCACCUGUUCAAUUCUUUCGUCGGCCAGGCCGACAAUAAGAUCAACCAGGCCAUCAUGAAACUGGGAGAGUCUGACGCGCCGGUGGAACAAGUUUGCGGACCGGGAGCUGAUACAAAUUUCGACCAGUUGAUUUCUGCUCUGGGACAUAUUGCACGACAAAAGCCGAAGCCUUUGAUCGAUACCAUCAUGUUUUGGCGGAAGGCAAAAGGUGAUGCUGCCAAUGGCAUGGCCAAACAGGUGGCCAAUCAACCAAAGAACGCCUCCUUGGAGAAUGGGCUACUCAUUCGUCGGAAUACUGAGCCGCCUCAGAUGGCUGCUGAGUCGACAACACAAACGGAUCCUGUACCACCGAGUAAUAACUUACUCUCGAGACAUGAGGAUGUUGUUUUGGCGGAGCGACGGGCGACCGUGUCGGUUUACCUUGUCUGCAGAGUGCUAAUUGAAAUCUUCAAUCAAAGCAGCCUUGCCUCUAUCACGCAUGAUAUGGCUGAUCGCCUAGAGGACAUUGUGUUCACCCAACUCAAAACUGUGGACCGGGACCAGAUUACAGCGUCACCACUUCGUAUGGCUAAUUGGAGGAUCUACUCUCGGCUGCUUGGAAUCAUGAGUGAAACAAAUUUCACAAGCGUAACGAAUCGGUUCAUACUCGAACUUGACAAAUAUCAAAAAGACGAAGCACUACGGGGUCCGUCCAAGGAAGGAGAUGCCAAAGCCGAGCUUUUGGUUUCGGGGAUGAGACACGUUCGCAUUAGAACGCAGCCGGAUUCUUGGCCUCGAUCCUGUGAUUUCUUGCGCUCAUUAGCUCGACUGUUCGUCAAUGCCCAUGGACAGCGGCUAAAACAGUCAUACUGUUUUAUUUUUGAGAAGCUUCUUCUUCCAGUCGCUGCGAACCCGAGCUGCGACUUGUCGUUACCUAAAUGGAAGGAAUUCUUGGACCUGGUCCAGUCUCGCCUGUCCCAAAUGCUAACCAAACCUCGCCAUUGGGCAGCUGCGUUUCCCCUCCACGUUCUGCUCCUCUGUGUUUCGUCCAAGGAGACCUUUUCAUCUCAAUGGCUAUCGGUCAUCAUGAGCCUCCCAACCAGACUGAAAGACCGCCCUACAAGGGGCCCGGCUCUUCAGGCUAUGUGUCGCUUGCUGUGGACCUACUUCUUCCGUUAUUCUGAUUCACCGACAGUUACUCUCCGGAAGAUUGAAGAAGUCGCUAGAAUAGCAUUGCCUGCGGGAAAGAGGACAUAUCUUAGUACGGAGCCAGCAGUUGCGGACCCAUUAAUACAGUUAGUGCGAAUGAUUGGGUUCAAGCAUCCAGACGUGUGCUUUCGUAACAUUAUCUUCCCCAUGAUCAAUUCAGAUCUCUUUCUUUCCGGGAAGGAACUAAAAAUCGAACAAAUGGAACCGGAAAAAAUGGUGAUAGGUAUUAGGUCAUUCCUAGCAAUAAUGACAGACCUAGAGAACUGUGAUCAGUUGUGCCCUCCGUUUCCUACUGGUUCAAUUCCGAAUCCUUUCUCUGAUAUUUCGGCUUCAACUAAUCCCCAGUGGCCUCAAUUUCUCACUGAUCCCCGUCUUCCCGGUUCAUUUGAGAACCGGGAUGACUCAUCUCGUCCUGUGAAUACGUCGAGGCUCAGUGACAAUGUCAAGACUUAUUAUAUUCGUUUUUGCGAAACACUUGGUAAGAUUACGCUUCUAUGCGACAACACCUUUGGAGGGCAGGCUGCCUUGGACGAGAAAUUUGGUGGCGCAACUCCCAAGACGCCGAUCUCAGAAGCAUUCAGUUUUGGUAGACGUGAUGACCACCUAAGCACCGUCGAUCAAAAGCAAGGCUUCUACGAUCUUCUCCAUGUUGCUGUGCAGGCGCUUCCUCGGUGUUUGUCCGAUCAUAUUCCAUUCAACUCCUUGAUCAACCUUUUGUGCACGGGGACCGCUCAUAUCCAGUCCAAUAUCGCCGUCUCAUCAGCCGAAUCCUUGAAGGUAAUUGCGCGACAAUCCCAUGCGCAACAAGUCACCAUUGGCUUUGCCAGGUUUAUCUUCAAUUUCGAUGCUAGAUAUUCCACGAUGUCAGAUGAGGGGAUGCUUGGACCUGGCCACAUUGAAUCUACCUUGCGACUCUAUGUUGAACUGCUCAGGAUCUGGAUAGAAGAAAUCAAGCAAAAGACUAGAUCCGCAGCCGCAGACUCGGGAGACAAGGCCGGCUCGGGAAGUCGCGCCUUGCAGCUGGACCUCUCUACGGUUCUUGCACAUGUUGAAGAGAUAGAAUCGCAUGGCCUUUUUUUCCUGUGCUCACAAUCUCGAAGGGUCCGAGCUUUCGCUAUCACUGUGCUUCGACUUAUUACAGAGUUCGAUAGUGCUCUAGGAAAAGAAAACACCAGGAUAAUUAGAAUUCUAGAGGCAGAUUCCCAGCAGAUUCUGGAUGUUAACGACGAACAGCUAACGGUUGCUGAGAGGAGUCGUAUACAAAAGGGCAAGCGCCGAAGUGCCUCGCACAAUACUUUAAUUGAGCUGUGUAGCAGCGAGGUAUCCUAUGAUUCAACGCUGUGGUCAAAGGUGUUUCCAAAUAUUAUUAGAAUUAGUUUUGAGACUUGUCCAUUCGCUGUGACAUUGGGGAGAGAGAUUGUUUGCGCGAGACUCGUCCAAAUGCAUAAAACAAUAACGUCCCUUGCAGAGAGCUCGCAUCCUCCUUACUAUGCCCCUAUGGAUGCCACUCAGUCUCGCCCACUUGGAAGGAAUAAUAUGACGGCGGAGAUUCUAAUUGAACAGUGGAAACUCUAUCUGGUUAUGGCGUGCACGACGCUCAACAGUGUAGGCGCACAAUCCCAGAGCCAGCUAGCAAAUGCACAACAUGCGCGAAAGUCGUCCAAGGGGGCCCAACAAUCUCAAGAUAAGAUAAGUUCUGCAAGAAGCCUUUUCGCCUUUGUGAUUCCAUUGCUAUCGGCUGAAAGGGCAUCCAUUCGGAAUGCUAUUGUGGUGGCUUUGGGAUCCAUUAACAAAAAUCUUUAUCGUACGUUACUUGAGUCACUUCAAUACGCCGUGACUACCUGUAAUGAGGAGGCAAAAUUACGGAUGGGCUCUCAUUACCGCUCCCCAAGCAGUCCAAGACGCAAUCGAAGGACAGACCGAUUGCGGACUGAGGUAACACACGUGUACAAACUCACCUCGCACUUCCUUCAGGAGUCUGAAGUAUACAAUGACGAUUGGAUUGUCAAUAAUCUUGUCAUAUAUGCAAAGGACCUGCGGAUAUUCUUGAGCGAUGCCGAAGUUCAAAAUGAUUGGGAAUUCCAACGACUGCGGUUCCACUACUGCGGACUGAUGGAGGAGCUUUUCGAAGGCGUCAACCGCACGAAGGAUGCAUCGCGCUGGAUACCGUUUGAGGCUAGGAAAUCUGCAUUUUCUCUGAUGGAGGAUUGGUGCGGCUACUCUCCAAAUCAAUCCCAGAUCUCUCAGAGAGAGGAAAACAUGCGCAAGUUUGCCAUGUCGCAUCCGCAUGAAACAGGGGAAAUGCGGAAUACCGCAGCAGCGAUGGAGAUUGAAAAGAAAAACCUCCGGGCUGCAGCUCUUAGUGCAAUGGCAUCUUUAUGUGCGGGACCAAUCAGCAUUACCACAGAGAGUGGUGCUGUGCUCCAAUUUGAUGUAGGGCGGAUGCUUUCGUGGAUUGACAUCAUCUUCAAUACUAUUAGUGACAAGUGGCAUGCCAUUGGAAGGCGAGCACUCAAAAACUUGAUCAUCCACAACAAAGAGCACUCGUACCUAUUAGAGCGAUCAAUAGAGAUGUGCUAUGUCACUGAGCGACCAAAAGCGUUGGAAAGCUACUUCGAGGUGGUAACUCAGGUACUGAUUGAACACACUGAUUACCCCCUUGGCUUCUGGAGGAUUUUGGGGGCAGUCCUCGUUACUCUUGGCAGCCAAAAACGGGAGAUACGGAUGAAGUCUGCUAAGCUCCUGCGGAUCCUUGAAGAACGACAACAGAAAAGCUCUAGGCUUCAAGACUUUGAUAUCAGUAUCUCUGACAAGACCACCGCUGUUUAUAAACUAGCGCAGUUUGAAACAUCGAAACGACUGGCCGGGCAGCAUUCUGAUGUGUCUUUCACCCUCUUUUCCGAGUUCUCCCUACACUUCAAAAACCUACGUCCCGAUAGCCAACGGAACAUGGUAGCUGCUAUUCUCCCCUGGGUGCAAACGAUGGAAUUGCAGGUCGACCCUAAUGGUGGACCAACGGUCAAGUCAUACAUGCUUCUCGCCAACCUUUUCGAGAUCACUAUCCGAUGCAGCACCAUCCUCCCUAACGAGGUUCAAGCUCUAUGGCAGGCGCUGGCCACAGGACCUCAUGGCGGGAAUGUGCAAUUAGUGCUCGAUUUCAUCAUCAGCCUUUGCCUGGAGCGUAAAGAGCAGAACUUUGUGGAAUAUGCGAAGCAAGUUGUCGUGUUCCUGUCAGGGACCCCUGCUGGGUCCAAGGUUAUCGAGUUCUUUUUAAUGCAGGUCGUUCCUAAGAAUAUGGUGCAAGAGAGGAAAGAUAUCACCCCCGCACCACCCGACAUUAAAAGUCUUCCUUAUGUCGCUGAUUUAGGAACCGUGCUCCCAGUGGGUAACAAACAAGCUGGUCUCUCCCUCGGUCAAAUUGCACUCAUUUUCCUUGUGGACUUGAUGGUCGCCCCUGUUACUCUCCCCCUGGACGAUGUGGUCAAGCUGCUGCAUGUAGUUCUUAUCCUCUGGGACCACUACACGCUGACCGUGCAAGAGCAAGCAAGAGAAAUGUUGGUUCACCUUAUUCAUGAGCUAAUUGCGGCCAAGAUUGAAGAUGAUGCGCCUGCUGGAACUCGACAGUCGAUUGAGGACUUUGUUGAAUCCAUCCGGAAGAGUGACCCAAAGGUUGUUUGGGAGUAUGAGGAUAACAAUGACAAAGAAGAGGGCGAUGAUGGAAGUCGCGUGCCUCAGUCGAUGUCCAGUGUCACUCGCAAAGUUGUCAAUUUCUUCAGCCUAGCGUAUGAGGGCAUUAAUGACUUAUGGGCAAAAGAAGCAUUAAACUGGGCAACUUCAUGCCCAGUACGGCAUCUCGCUUGCCGUUCAUUCCAAGUAUUCCGCUGUAUAUCAAUGUCUUUGGACUCUAGGAUGCUUGCAGAUAUGCUCGCUAGGCUUUCCAACACCAUUGCCGACGAAGAGGCAGACUAUCGCACAUUCUCGAUGGAAAUCCUUACAACGCUAAAGAUCAUCAUCAGUUCUCUGGCACCUGCAGACCUCCUGCGAUACCCCCAGCUGUUUUGGACAACCUGCGCCUGCCUCAACACCAUCCAUGAAACCGAAUUCAUUGAAAGCAUCGGCAUGCUAGAGAAAUUCCUGGAUCGUGUAGAUAUGAGCGACCCGGUUGUCGUUUCAGAUCUUAUUAAAGGCCAGCCUCUGAAGUGGGAGGGCGGCUUUGAUGGUCUUCAAAACCUAAUUUACAAGGGAUUGAAGUCGUCCGAAUCUCUCAACCGAACACUUGAUGUCCUACACCGUUUAAGUGGUCUUCCCAACAACAAGCUUAUUGGUGAUGGUAACCGAUUGCUUUUUACAAUAUUGGCAAACCUUUCUCAUUUCCUCCACGAGUUUGACCCUGCUACUGAGGAUGGCCCCGUUGACGAUCCAAAAACACUAGCCCGUGCUACAUUGCUAGCACGUGUCGCCGAAGGCGAAGGAUGUCCUCGUCUUGCAGCCUCGCUGCUCGGAUUUGCCAACGGACAGUACAAGGCGGAGAAUGAUUUCCUGAGUCAUAUUAUCAUUGAGAUACGCUCCUACUAUUUUCCCGGGCAGGAUGUCCAGAGUCUUAUCUUCCUCAUGGGCUUGUUGACCAACACAACGGAUUGGUUUCGGAUCAAGAUCAUGAAGAUCCUCUGCGUGUUAAUACCAGAGAUUGACAUGCGGCGGGGGGAAGUGACAUGUCACGGACCUGACUUGAUAUCUCCUCUCCUGCGUCUUCUACAGACCGAGCUUUGCCCCCAAGCACUGCAAGUUAUGGACCACAUCAUGACUGUCUCGGGAAAUCCAAUGGAGCGUCAUCAUAUUCGAAUGAGCAUGGCUUCAUCGUCGUCGUCUCGAGCCAUACGCAAAGAGUAUGAGCGGAUACAGAGCCUUUACGGAAUACCAGAGCCAACUGGAUGGUCUAUCCCAAUGCCUGCUUCUCAGUCAACCACAACAAGACAUAACGUGCAUGCGGUUUUUUACACCUGUGCAGAAGUGGAUCGUAUGGAGGCACAAGAAACAGCCAAUUCCGAAGUCGAGUUCCACGCGGACGAAUAUAACGACACUUUCUUCCCUAUGCGGGCUGAUACCAUGAAGUCAAUCGAUACGCAGACGGAUGGUAAUAUCGGAGAUAUAGUGCAAAAGCUAGAUAGCUUGGAUGAUUUCUUCGAAGAUACCGAGACGGUCAUCCCGGCGCUGGAUAGCUUGCCUGACUCAACACUACGCGGCUUCACUGGUAACUAUGUUGACACCAGCGCCAGCCUUUACGAUCAACAAACAGCACCGAUCCUGCGAAAGUCCCUGGCGCGAACUGCGUCAUCGUCUUCAUUCCACAACGGUCUUGCGGAGUCCCGGCCUUCGAACCUGCGAUUCGACAGUGCAGGGUCACAAUCAACGACAGCGUCCUCGACAACUCAGGCAUCCAACCAGGGGCUUCGACCAGUGUCACACACGCGCUCUGUUACCUCACCGAUCAAUAAUCUAUUCUCUCCAGUCUCCUCCAAUGCCCAGUUCACCACCCCACCAAUUGGGUUCAGUGAAUCAGCUUUCCUGUCCGAUGACGAAGUAGACGAGGGGAUCUAUGAAUUCGACGAGCGUGCAGCGAAUAAGUCCUCUAUCCCCAACGCAUUCGCACAAACACGCAACAUGACCGAUGGAUCAUCAUCACUCGAAUCCAUGAUCCGUAGCGGCAUGAGACGACUCACCGGGGGCACAGCUAAUACCCGGGAAAAGGAGCGACAGCGUGAUCUAGUACGAGCACAACAGCGGACGGUCGCUCAAACAACGAGUUCACCGCGUGUCCCCAAGGUGCCACCUGAGUUCCUUUCCGGGCCAGCGAGUAACCCGACAUCUCCUGGCCAGUGA